UUGUUUUUAAAAAGAGAGGUGAUGUUGUCAGUUGUGUUAAAGUGUCCAGUUCUGAAAUGGGUCCUAAAAUGAGUGAUUAUAUUCGAAAAAAACCAGCGAAGUCGCGUUCCGGAGAAGCUACAAGCGGCGUCCGUCCUCAAUUUGAUCGUCGUUCGAGCCGCGGCACCAGGAGCCUCGACAGCCUCGAGAUGAAACUUUUUGAGAUCUGGCUGAAUGGUCACCACCAGAGCCAAAAUUUACAUCAACAACAGCAGCAAGCCAGCAACAACAAAGUCCCGGUGAAGCUCCAAGUGGCGGUCGUCCGCAAUUUUAUCAUCUUUACAUCCGCGGCACCAGCUGUUGAUCGGUUGCACUUUCAGCCUGCUGAGAGCUUACGAGUGGUUUCACGUUUCGACCCAGUAGUACACAGAGCCGUGCACUUUGUCAGUCAGUCGGCGGCCGGUGCUCGACCCAGGACCUCAGCAGCAAGGAGCCCGGCAUGGGCAACAACCAGAGCUUCGAGGAGCCCCUGCGCCCCGGACAGCCCAGCACCGCCGAGGCUGGCAGGGUGGUUUUCCUGCUGUGGCUCGCGCACCGCUACUGGCACAAUGUGGUGGACGCGGCCAAGGGCACGACCACCCUCACCAGGAGCAAAAGGAAGAAGAGGAGACGCAACAAUUUGCAAAGCUCUUUCAACUCUGAUGAUGACAACACGUCAAGCGCUGGGUUGGUGAGUCGCUUGAAGUCAUGUGUGCUCAUAUUCCCUGAAUUAUGUCCUGACCGAGCAGUUUCGCAAAUUGCACAAACAGCGAUCAUUGCUCUCAAUGUUCUGAUGUCAAACUUUUGGACCCAUACGGCGUCAUUGGUGGCUUCUCCGUUUCUCGCUGCCUUCUCAACUCCUGGCUUCCUAUAUAUGAUCAAAAAAGAGUUUUCUUUUAAAUAAAUUUGAAUCUUUUUUUACUUACAUUCGAAGCACAGCUCUAGCCCUGCUCGCCUCAGACUAUUGACUAACAAUCCCAUCGUUGGAGAGCAUGUGCUUGAACGCUUUUACCAUAUCUCGAUCUUCUAAAUCUUCAAUUAAAAAUUUAGUUGCCUGAAUGUCCUAAAAAAAUAUUUUUAGGAAGUUAUUCACAUUGAUUAACUUAAUAUUUAAUUGGAAAAAAAUCAUACUGAAAACAAA